AGACAAGUGUUGAGGGAGUUGGGGGUGUUUAUGUAUUUGUGUGAUGCUACAAGAAGAAGAACAUCCAUAUAAAAGGGACCACUCUUAACGCCGUGCAGCUUGGCAAUUCCAGAGCAUAUUUAUCUAGGAGCCGAGGUGUCUAGAACAGGCUACUACUAUACACGCUAGCAUGCAGUCGCCUGAUAACGUGGAGGACGUGCUGCGACGGGCCGAGACGCCGCUGAUGUGGGUCGGCGCGUUCACCGUGGCCUCCUUGGCUCUGUGGCUGCUCUACAGACUCCUCUCUGGGAUCCGGAUUUGGGUUUUGGGAAAUGGAGGGCUGCUUUCUCCUAAGCUUGGCAAAUGGGCAGUGGUGACGGGGGCUACCGAUGGCAUUGGAAAGUCCUACGCUGAAGAGCUGGCCCGGCGAGGUUUCUCCAUGAUGCUGAUCAGUCGCUCGCAGGACAAGCUGGACGACGUGGCGAAGUCCCUCGAGCAUCAAUUUAAAGUGGAGACCAGGACUAUUGCAGUGGAUUUUGGCCGGUCAGACAUUUAUGAGAAGAUCGACGCAGGGCUAGCUGGACUGGAGAUCGGUGUACUCGUCAACAAUGUCGGAGUGUCCUAUUCAUACCCUGAGUAUUAUCUUCACAUACCUGAUCUGGACAAUUUCAUCACGUACAUGAUCAACGUCAAUAUAACCUCAGUGUGCCAGAUGACGCGCCUCGUGCUUCCCAGAAUGGCUGAAAGGUCCAAAGGUGUCAUUCUGAACAUCUCCUCGGCCAGUGGCAUGUACCCGGUGCCUCUGCUCACGGUGUAUUCUGCCUCCAAGGCCUUUGUGGACUUCUUUUCUCGGGGUCUCCAGGAAGAGUACAGACGCCAGGGCAUCAUCAUCCAGAGUGUGCUUCCCUUCUUUGUGGUCACCAAGAUGACUCGCAUCAAGAAGCCCACCUUCGACAAGCCCACGCCCGAGCGCUACGUGGCUGCGGAGCUCAGCACCGUGGGCUUGCAGAGCCAGACCAACGGGUACUUCCCCCACGCCGUCAUGGGUUGGAUCACAACGAAGGUGGUGCCCAUCAACAUUGUGAUCUUCCUGGGAGCCGCGAUGAACAGGGUGCAGCGCACUGGAUACCUGAACCGGAGGCGGUUGAGGGAGCAGAAGAACGGAGCGAGCCUGAAGAGUGACUAGCAGGGAGUCCACUGCCUCGGCCUGCUCUGAUCCCGUCAAAGAAGGAUUCCAUCAGAAAUAUUUUUUCCUCGGGGUGUGUCUGAGAUUGAUCCACGCUACCUUCUGGUGAAAUCAGAACAAAUUGUUGGCCUCUGUUCCUAAAUACUAGUUUGUUUGGUACAGGAGUUUGUGGUACAUUGUAUGACACAAAUAAAUGGUGACAAGUAUUUAACCUGCUGUUGUAAGCAGCGGAAAUGUGGUGGUGGAUUUUUUGUUUUGUUUAAGAAAUGUAAAUGUAUUUAUUAUUUUUCUAUUCUCUUCUGAAAUACAACGCACAACAAUAUGCUGCUUCUGAAAGAACAAACCAUAUAGAUCAAAGGGUUAUUUUGAUAAUGGGAGUUUUGUUUCCUUUCAUACGUUGUCCUUUUAUUUACAAAAACGGAAAGUGGUGGGUUUGGUUGUGCUGAUUGAAUUCCCUGAUUUUUGCAUCCUUUUCUUUUGAAUUAACUAAUGCCUUACUGCGUGCAUUUACAGUGAUGAUUGUCCAAUUUGUUUGCAAAAGGGAGGAAGUGACUCCAGUACACCCUUAAGUUCUUCAGUUAGCCAUUGUUUUAUGUCUUACUUUGGUACUGCUCAACUUGCUUACUUUCUUAGGAAUUGUACAUCUAUGCAAAAGGUAUUUUGAAGCAUGGCCUUUGCACACCAGAAAAAGCCUUAUUUGAAUGUAUUCAAAGAGGCCUUAUGAAGAGUUAUUGUGUAGUCUGAGGAUUUUCUGAAUGUGUUCACAAAGUGGUAAUAUGCAUCUUUAAUUGUUAAUGUUAAUAAUUUUGACUUUAAACUGAAU